AUGGCGCGACUGGGCAGAGGAUGGACGGUGUGCCUGUACAAGAACCAAUCAAUUAUUGAGCCUGGCGGUCAUUGCUAUAUAAUGGACAUGCUUAGCGCAAACGAGCUUCCCCAGGACUGGCCAUUCCUCGCAGGUCUUAGUUACGAUCAGAAUUUCCUCGUAACGGGAAUGGACCUCGAACCCCUGGACGUUGGACCACCUUUCGAGGGGACCCGACGUGACAGUGAAGCUUACAAGUCCAUGUAA